CUAUGGUCUUGCAAAUAGUUUGGAUUCCAUGGGCUAAGUGUUCUGUAUUUCAUUGGAAACAAGUUUUAACCAGAAUGCUUGUGACACCAAAUUGAAAUCUAGUUAAACGAGUCCCACAUAGCAAUGUGUUACACAGGCUUCUCAGUACACCAUAAUGGGAGUCACAGGAUGGGAACACUGCUGGGGCCAUACAUGACAGAAGGUAGAAGUUAUUUUCGCCUAGAUCAUCGAACUGCGUGGACGACGACCACGCAUUCAGAACUGGAUUUGGGUACCAAUAUCUUUUUAUAAUAUUGCUUGGCAACGAUCCUAUCUAAGAAUAAAACACAGCCAGGUCAGUGUGAAUUUAGCCACUACAACAAGCAUUCCUGUGGGUUGUCCUAAAUGUUAGGAAGGCUCUUGGAGAGGGCUGCAGAAAGCAACCGGAAGUGAUCACCGCAGCAUCUCAUAACGUGUAAUCGCCGGUGGCGGAGUCCAGUGUCGCUCUGUUUGUUCACGUUAAAUCGUGAAAGUUUAACAAUGCAAGGCUUAGCUGCGACACAACUAGUAGUUAGUCUGAAUGCGAGCGGACAUAGCUGCGAACAAAGGCGUUGGUUUGCACAAGAAGCGCCACCCCUCUAGCGUUACCUGUUUGGUGGGAUUGUUUUAGUCAUGGACGGUGCGGGACAGCGCGUCGCACACUUGGACGCCAAACAUAUCGAUACAAGGUCCGAGUUAUAGUUUAUUCAUGUCAUUAGUUUGGUAUGCCAAAAAUACUGUCGGCAACCUGGGUGAAGCAGAAUGUCACCGCGAUUGGAUUUAAUUGGACACACUGAGCGUCGGCUGAACUGAGGCGCUGUUGUUGGUGCAGAUUACGCGCUGCGACUUGUCAGUGGGAAUAACAGUUUCAAGGCGAUAAGCGACCGUGCGACACAUCCGAUGGACUAUCGGAAGAAGAAGAGGUUGACUUACUUCACCAUUGGACUCAUCUUCCUCUUCAGUGGCAUUGAGUAUGCCGUGAUAUUACCCACGAUAUGGAAGUACCUGCAGACCCUGGAGGCGGCCCCCUACUUCCUGGGUCUGGCCCUAUCAGCGUUCAGCCUGAGCGGACUGCUCUCUGGGCCCUUGUUUGGCCACCUGUCCGACAAGACGCGGACCACCAAGAAGAUCAUCCUGUUCGCCAAUUGUUUCGAGAUUAUUGGUAACUUCAUGUACUUCAUGGGCUUCUCCAAGUGGCUACUGCUGGCAAGCCGUCUGGUGGCAGGGGUCGGCACAGGGGCCGGGUCGGCCAUCUUUGGUUUCCUCAGCAGAAGCACCGCUCCCGAGGACCGCGCCUCAGUGUUCGCCGCCGCCAUGGCAUGUCGGCAAGCGGGCCUUCUCAUUGGUCCUGCCUUCAACCUGUUCCUGCGGUUGUGUGACUUCAAAAUCGGUCCCUUCGUGGUCAAUAAAUUCACUGCACCUGGGCUCUUCAUGUGCCUGAUGUGGAUCCUGCUCCAGCUGGCCGUGGUCUUCAUGUACUGGGACCUCCCGCCCCAAGAGAAGGGGGGGCCGGCCAAGGGCGUGGCGAGCGGCGCCCGGGAGGACGUGGAAGGCGAGACGCGGCGGGGGCGGGGACCGUCGUUGCCGGGGCAACCGGAAGAGGAGUCCCAGGAGGAGGAGGAGGAGGAGGAGGAGACGGACGAGAGCAAGCCGCUGAUGACGUCCAAUGAGCUGCAGGGGUCGUACGGAGCGGUGGUCACCCCUGACCCGGCCGGGAGCCCCGUUACCAACGGCGACCUCGCUCGCCCGUCCGAGUCCCCGGAGCCGGAGGAGACGGCCGGACCCUUCUCGAGGUUCAACCUCAGCAGAGAGUUUAUGAGGGAAGAAGUGAUCGUUUUGCUGGCUGCUCAGUUCAUCACUCUAUUCAAUCAGACAGCACUGGAGACCAUGGUCACCCCGCUGACCCAGAAGUACUUUGACUUCGGCGAGCUGGAGAACAGCGUGAUGUACUGCGUGUGUGGCGUGGAGGUGAUCGCCGGCUUCCUGUUUGUGCACUGGCUGAGCCGGCGCGCCAAGGAGCGAGUGGUGCUAGCCGUGGGCCUGGCCAUCUGCAACAUCAGCUCCGUCUGGUGCCUCAUCUUCCUGGCCAACCCCAUCGGUGAUUUCCCCUAUCAGCUGACGGAGUUUAUCAUCGGCGUGUUCCUGCAGGUCCUGGGCUUGCCCUUCGUUGCAGUGGCCCAAGUUUCUCUCUUCUCCAAAGUCACGUCUGAAAAAACACAAGGUUUCAGCCAGGGGGUCCGGCGCUCAGUGGGGGGUCUAGCCACCAUCCUGGGGCCCCUUUGGGCCGGGGGUCUCACUGAGAACAUGUACAUCAUGCUUGGUGUCAUCAUGGCUCUGUUGCUGCUGCUGACGAUCAUGAUGGGGUUCUCCUAUGACCGGCUGGUGCAUCCCGCUGCUACUGAGCAUGCUGAAGAUAACAGUGACGAGCAUGAAUGAACCUGCUGUUGGGAGCCACCAGGUUCUGAGGCUUCCAGUCCCCAAGCUGUGGGUGUAGCACCGAGCGAUCGCACGUCCCCCAGCUAGCCGGCCGCAGCCCCCUGGAAGCCCGUCCUUAGCAACACCAGUGAUGUGUUUAUAUUUCCCAUGGAAAUAUACAGCCCCUAGCAGGCGCCGCACGCAAUCUGCAAAUUAGGUAUC